UUCAUCAAAAUUUUAGGGUAAAAAUUGAAAAAUUGAAGAGACGGAUGAUUGUGGAAAUUGCAAUUUUCCCACGAAAAAAGAAAGAAAAAGGGAAAAAAGAAUCUGCCUUGGAUUUCUCAUGUAUAAAGCAAGAUCUCGAAGAAAAUUCCCCGAUGAUUCCAUGGACUGUAAACAGUCGGACUUGAUGGAGGCUGAAUUUUCGGCGAACGGAGCCGUCGCCGGCGAUUCUGUCCGCGAAUUACUCACAUUAGCUCGUCAAUUCAUCAAUCAACGGAAGCCUUCUCAAGCCCUCCAAGCGUUUGUAAUGGCAAUGAGAACCCAAGGUGGGGAUGCAGCAGUCUUUCAAUCGUUGCACCGUGCUGGUGAGCUGUACAGAACUCGAUUGCGGGAAACUGCAGAUGUUGAUCAACUUGCUUCUAUAUUUGCAGAGUGUGCUAUAGCUGAAGCUCAGCCUCUGAACCCUGAACCUGGAGAAUGUAACAUGUCUAGCUCAUCGGUUGUUGAUGCUCACGGUAAUUCUAUACUGGCAGAAACUGGUAGGAUGCAAGUUGUUAUGGAUGCAUUCUCAGAUGGGAGCAGUUUUAUUUGUUUGCAAUGUGGCGGUCUUGUUAGUAACCAUCGCAAAGAUGAGCACUAUGCAUAUUGGUGUGCUCAGAUCUAAGUUGUGUUCGGAUAUCAAUGCUCAAACUUGUAUUUGUACAUGCCACAGCUUCUUCUGUUCAAGAGAGAGGGAGAACAAAAAAGGUACAAACAGUGAGCUGCCGCAUUUCUGGGCAGAAAAUGAUUGUAUUGAGAUAACUCCUUUUCCUUUUCCUUUUCCAAUGGUAUUUUAAGGCCUACCUGGAUUUCCAGAUAACAUCCACUGGUUAUCAGUACUUGCCAUGCUCUUAUUGUUUAAUUCUUCAAAGAAGGCGUUAUCA